CAACGCGUUAUGAGCGGAAUGACAAGCCGAGGCUGAACGCUGCCCAGAUGCGCUUGGCAUGGGAUGCUUUCCUGAGCCUCAUCUAUUCUUCAUCUUCACUUGAUGGAAGAGGGAUGGAGAAACAAGAUCGCUCUGUGUGAUUCACCCUCCUGCUGUAGCAAUGAGUAACCUGCUCCAAAACACUUCUCUUCUGAACUGGGAUGGAUCAGAAGGAAGAAACACGUCGUCUGCCCCGUCCUGGGAGCUGGAGCCGGUGCCCGCCUUCGUCAACCCGUGGGACGUCCUGCUGUGCGUGACGGGCACGCUCAUGUCCUGCGAGAACGCGGUGGUGAUCGCUCUGAUCGCUUACACGCCCACCCUAAGAGCGCCCAUGUUCGUCCUCAUCGGGAGUCUAGCGUUCGCCGACCUCCUGGCCGGCCUGGGCCUGAUCCUCAAUUUCAUCGUGACCUACAUAAUUGAUUCGGGAUUCGUCACGCUGCUGUCGGCGGGGCUCCUCAUCACGGCCUUCUCGGCGUCCGUGCUCAACAUCCUCGCGAUCACCGUGGACCGUUACCUGUCGCUGUACAACGCGCUAACGUACCACACCGAGGGCACGGUGACGUUCACUUACGUCACGCUCGUGCUGAUGUGGGUCAUCAGCACCGCGCUCGGCUCGCUCCCCGUCCUGGGCUGGAACUGCUUGGAGGACGAGAGCACGUGUAGCAUCUGCCGGCCGGUGAACAAGAACAACGCCGCGGCUCUCGCCGUGUCCUUCCUCCUGGUCUUCGCUCUCAUUCUGCAGCUGUACCUUCAGAUCUGCAAGAUCGCUUUCCGGCACGCUCAGCAAAUCGCCGUGCAGCGUCAGUUUAUGACUACCUCGCACUCGUCUUCCACCACCAAGGGGGUCUCCACCCUCACCACCAUCCUGGGCACUUUCGCCUUCUGUUGGAUCCCUCUCGCCAUGUACUCGCUGGUAGCGGACACCCGAUCACCUGUGAUCUACACCUACGCUACGGCUCUUCCGGCCAUCUGCCACUCCAUCAUCAACCCCAUGAUAUACGCGUUCAGGAACCCUGAAAUUCUCCGGUCUUUGAGGAUCGCUUGUUGCUGGUGCAUGCCUUACAGUUUCACCAUGCGACCCAGGACACCCAGCGACGUGUAGCGUCUUCAGAUUAAAGCACAGUUUUGGAGGCGGCCUGUCUGUGAAGCACACGCGAUCCACAUAUUGUAAUCCAGUGGAGUGGGUGAAUAUUUCUUUAUUUGGCCCAUUUGGUAGCUCUUCAUAGCAUUGUGUCCAUGUUACAUGUACGGUAUUUGACAUGUUACUAUGAUUAACUGGCCAUUCGAAUAAACGUCACGUUUAACUUCCUCACGGUAAGGGACAUGGCGAUGGUAGAAAGUUAGAUUGGGUGAAAAUUUAGGUGCUUUUGUGCUUCUCAAUUAUCGAGAAUAAUAUGAGGUUGGAGGAUAAACUAUAUAUUAAUGUUUUGCAUUUUCUCACAAAGCUUUAAAUGUUAUAUUUGCUUGAUAUCUUUCACAUAUUUCGCAUUCGCUCACAAAAUGUUGCGUUCACUCUCAAGACUUCCUAUGUUUGCUUGCAAAAACCUUUAUGACAGAAAUAAUGUGGGGUGGGAAGAAAGACUAUAUUUCAAUGUUUUCGUGUUCUUACAAGACUUACAUUUCUAAGAGAACAUCUGCAUUCGCUCCCAAAACAUUUGCUUAUUACUGAAUAAUUUUGCAUUCAUUUGUUAAACUUUGGGGUUCAACACUUUUGCGCUUAGAACCGCCGCAUUCGCUCGAAAAACUUUUGCGGCGGAAAUAAGAUCGUUUUGGAGAAAACUAAUUAUUUCGGUACUCUUGUGAGAGAAUAAAAAGUUCCUGGUGGAAAUGUAAUAGUUUUAGUGAGACAAUGCAAGAGGCGUAAGGUUUCUCAGGAGAAUGAGUUGAUUUUGCGAGAGAAAACAAACACUUCUUACCAUCUACUUUCUUCCAUCGCCGUGUCCCCUCAAGGGCUUUGUACUGACUGACAACAAAAAAAAACUUGCAAGUUGCUUUACACCACAGUACAAAUGUAAAAACAAAAAACUAUAAUGGUUUAUGACAUACUGUGUAAUGACUGUACUGGGCAGAUAAUCUGUGGUUGUCAGGGUUGUUUCCAAGCCCUUGAGUUCAGACACUGGCGUAUGUUCCUAAUAUAAAGCAAAUAUAAAAAAAUGGGAGACUGAAUGUACAAUAAACGAUGAUUGUUGUUUGUGUGCCAGAUAUACAGGAUACCUACAGUACUGUACAGUGAACCACAGCUACAGUACAAAUACAAUCUGCUGCUGGUUAAUUCGACAAAAUACUAGAAUGCAGAAAAACAACACUGCACUUCAGUACUAUCAAAAGACAGCUUAAUUACAAAGAGGUCCAAAUAAUUACACAUGAACUAUUUUAUACUCAGAAUGUGAGCACGCAGUAACAAGAACACUGUAAUGCAAAGAUUGACCUGCCAUUUCUGUAGGGAUGUUUGGUGGCAUUGAUAUAAAUUGACGUUUUUGAAUGCAUUAAGACAGUACUCCAGUGCUGGAGUUAAUCAGACAGAUACAGAUAACAUCGUCAUCAAAAGGGUAUAUAUAGGCCUGUAAUUAUCAAAAUGUAGCAUACACAUUGCACUGUUGUCUGUAAGCACUGUGGUAUGCUUGCAUCUUACAAAUCGUCCCCUUAAAAGGUUAACUAAUUUAUUACCAUCAAACUAAUCACUGUACAAAUAUUCCAUUGGUGUGCCGUUCAGUUCCUGGUCGUUUCUGAACAGCGAUUCAUUUAUAACAGCAGAACACGUGUCAAAGUAGACGAUUAUUUAAAUCUUAUUCCAUCACGUCUGGGUUUAGGUUCUCUACAUUAUUUCUAAUACGCUGAUAUAUAUUGAUGUGAUCUUCCAGGCGUAUUUUCUACCAUACAAACAGACAUAGAGAUAAUCGUUUUCCGUAGCGCACUAUUGAUCGCUUGCACAUUUCAUUGAUGCCGACAUCAAUCAAAUGACCUAAAUGGUGUUGUGUGAAUGUGUGGUUCGGUACGCCUUAUCUGCACUUGCUUUAAAUGUCGCAAACAUUAGCUGCGUUUGUAUCCACAGUCGUUUUCAGUAGGACGCGGGGGCCCGCUUGGAAAACAUCGGUAUCAUCUACUAAAAACGCGUAGAUCAUCAGCAUCUUCUAGUAGAGGCAGCCAAAGAAACAAACUUGACAUGUUGGACUCACUGAGCUUGAAUGAAACUACUGUGUUACGUUAUGGUAUAAAAUGUCUACAUGUCUGAAUGUACUGUGAUAAAAGUUUCACUUGAGCAGCUGUGAUUGUCUCGGACUUUAACUUCGUAAGACGGCGUAACAAAAAAUACUGGUCUUUAUACACGACAUCGUCACGUUGCCAUUAUUUUCUGUCCAACAUUUAUAUAGAAGUAUAUUUUUGUACUUGAUUAGAAAGUUGCACUCUUUGUGUGUUGAGCCGAGUUGUAUUGAGAUGGGUCCCAUUAAUAGCAUGUCACGGUGUCAUUGAUCUCUGUCCAGCAGUUACUCCAGAAACCUGUGUGGAAUUUAAUACUAGCCUACUGCUUACUGCACAGUGUUAGUGUUUCUCAACUUUUAUCGACUUCAAGGCCCCCCUUCGUUCGAGACGAUAUUCAGAGGCCCUUUUAGCUAAGCUGAUGUGCAUCUGAUACUUCAGUUGUAACGAUAAUAAAUGCAUCUAAAAAGA